AUGACAGGCACCGAAAUAUUCGAGGUGUCCAGUGAACAACAGCAGGAUCUGAUUCAAUGGCUGGCACCUUAUAUUCCUACAUGCAUCGCCCUCUAUCGACGCAUACAGUUCGGGCACUUUGAGCCAGGCGCUAGAAUACUCAGCUCCAUUGAUUUUGCCAGAUCUCCUCAUGAGAGGAAGGCUAAGGACUCCUGGAUCAUCGCAUAUGUCGACCGUGCAUGCAGACCAGAGACUGAGGUCUGGCUGGCCGCCAGUUGGGAACACGAUACACCAACGGAUGACUCUAAGACUCCAUGUGCAGAUGAUCUCGUCAAAGCCAUGAUCAAGAAGAUCAGUCAGUUCGAAACUCCUCCGAAAGCUAGCACGAUUGUCGACCCGGAAGGGGCUACAGACCAAUCUUCAGCUACCAAUGGCAGUGUGCUCGUCGAUAGAGACCAAUUUCUAUCGCACAUGCAGAAUGAGAACAUUGUCUUGUUUGGUUCAGUGCACAGGGCCACGUUCACAAUUCUGAAAAGGCUGGGCUUUGUCGACCCAGAUUCCGCCGAGGUAUCGGGUAUACCAUACAGGAAGUACAUCUUUGAUAUCACGAACGGUAUGGUUUCCAGAGAACUACCUUCUGGCUUUGAGUACGGCAAGGUAGACCCCAAGAACUACUCGCUGGUCAAGUCACGUACGCAGAUUCCCCGACAGGACAGGACUCUAUGCAAGCUCCCCAGCGUCGCGAUUUAUCCUGCUAAAAAUCCAUCGACUACACGGGAGCCAGUCGCGUGGGGCUUCCUUGGUUUGGACGCUUCACUCACAACCUUGCAUGUUGAACCAGCAUACAGAGGUCUCGGACUGGCCAAAAGCCUAAGUCUCAGAUUGUUCUCGGAAGACAUGGACAUAUAUUGCCAACAUAACCCGACCCCUACAGGGGAGAACAACUACAUUCAAGAAAGAUAUGCUCACGCAGAUGUGGCAACAGACAACACAGCAAGUCAAGGAGUGUGCGAGAGUUUGGGAGGAAAGUGGCAUUUUGAAGUGUUUUGGAUACGAGUUGAUUUAUUGGCAUAG